AUGACUACUGGUGAUCCCAUUUGUGGAGACAAGACUACUGGUGAUCCCAUUGGUGGAGACAUGAUUGCUGGUGAUUCCAUUGGUGGAGACCUGGGUACUGGUGAUCUCAUUGGUGGAGACAAGACUACUGGUGAUCCCAUUGGUGGAUACAUGACUUCUGGUGCUCCCAUUGGUGGAGACAAGACUGCUGGUGAUCCCAUUGGUGGAAACAUGACUUCUGGUGCUCCCAUUGGUGGAGACAAGACUACUGGUGAUCACAUUGGUGGAGACAUGACCACUUGUGAUCCCAUUGGUGGAGACAUGACUACUGGUGAUCCCAUUGAUGGAGACAUGACUACUGGUGAUCCCAUUGGUGGAGACAAGACUACUGGUGAUCCCAUUGGUGGAGACAUGACUACUGGCAAUCUCAUUGGUGGAGACAUGACUACUGGUGAUCACUUUGGUGGAGACAUGACUACUGGUGAUCACAUUGGUGGAGACAUGACUACUGGUGAUCCCAUUGGUGAAGACAUGAAUACUGGCGAUCCCAUUGGUGAAGACAUAACUACUGGCGAUCACUUUGGUGGAGACAUGACUACUGGUGAUCACAUUGGUAGAGACGUGACUACUGGUGAUCACAUUGGUGGAGACAAGACUACUGGUGAUCCCAUUGGUGGAGACAAGACUACUGGUGGUCCCAUUGGUGAUGACAUGACUACUGGUGAUCCCUAUGGUGGAGACAUGACUACUGGUGAUCCCAUUGGUGGAGACAUGACUACUGGUGAUGCCUUUGGUGGAGACAAGACUACUGGUGAUCAAUUUGGUGGAUACAAGACUACUGGUGAUCACUUUGGUGGAGACAAGACUACUGGUGAUCACUUUGGUGGAGACAUGACUACUGGUGAUCCCAUUGGUGGAGACAUGACUACUGGUGAUGCCUUUGGUGGAGACAAGACUACUGGUGAUCCCAUUGGUGGAGACAAGACUACUGGUGAUCCCAUUGGUGGAGACAAGACUACUGGUGAUUCCAUUGGUGGAGACAUGACUACUGGUGAUCCCCUUGGUGGAGACAAGACUACAGGUGAUCUCAUUGGUCACAGUCAGCAUGACCUUAGAUAA